AGUUUAGAAUAAUUAUGCAUACAUGCUGUUUCCUGCAAACGUCUAAAUGUCAUUCGCGUUCCAUGCAAAAUAAAUGAGUCAUUCCGAACAAUUUCGUCAUAUCGUGGAUACACAAUAUGACGAAAUUAUUCGCGACUGAGAACAUUUGUCUGAGCAUUCAGCUGAAUUAAAACUCGGUCGACAUAAUUAAGUGCAAAAAAUUGACCGAAUAGAAAUCUCCUACGGGAAUCUUUCCGUUCCUACAACCGAAUUUUCAUACAAAUGGAAAAUGUUCUGUUAUUAAAUGACAGAAAAUUCAUUUAUUUAAUUCACUUCAAUGACACUAAUAGAAUUGUUCUUUCCUCUGUAGGAAAUUAGAUAUCGGAAGAACCAUUGAGGUACUAAUUAUAAUAUUACCUGCAAUAUCAUUUCAGCGUAUACGAUCGAUUUUUCUCCUCUCGUUGGACGAUAUAUCUGAAAACAACUCUGCAAAUAUGAACGCGUAUCUGUAUUUUUGACUCUUUUUGUAUUCAAAAGCAUCCGAGAACAAUCGAUGUCUCAACGCCUCAAUCGAGAAAAAAUUUGUCGCUCAUAUUUGCACACGCACACUCACAUCAAGUAUUUGUCAGUAAAAUUAGAUAAAAAAUACGAACAAUGCGCAGUAUUAUUGUAUCCUCGUAAGAAUCGCCAUCUGUUGCAUCACACUACGAGCACCUGGAGAGGUCAUUGCACACGAUCCGCCAUUUCCACCAUAUACCUGCCACCAUAUAUCUUGGAAAAUUCUUGGUUGCUAUUCUAGACCCGCGACGUUCGCUCGCGUAGACGGAAAAAUCGUCUUCUAUGCAUUUUUCAUGCGAUCAAGCUAUCUUGUCAUCGAGAUUUUUUGCGGUAAAAUGAAACAUUGUGCAGUAAGACCGCACAAUGUGCACGAUCACAACUCGUGUAACUCCUCGUUCGUGUAAUCAUCGCUCGAUUGUUGCAACUUUAAUUCCCCUCGCCUCGCGUGGGGCACCGUAUAACUCUCGUUCUCAGUCGCCGGCAAUUGACCGGUGAUUACCUUGCUAUGGCUGCAUUUAGUCGUCGACCGCUUGCGUGAUCAACUUACCGCUAUCGCAGUCGUUUCAGCAGCCUCGGCAACGCCGUUGACGCUAUAACGUCGACGUGGCUUCGCGACGUUGGCGAAGUCACCGGCACGUCGACGGUGCUUUUACGUUGAACGUCUUCUCUUCGUCGAAUUGCCAGCCGAAUCGCAGAAAUCCCGAGGUUCAACCGGAGUAACAUUUGACGGGAGCACCUACUCUGAUACUUCGGUACACAAAUCGCAGGAUGCCGCAACGCGAGAAGGUAAAGAUGCCCGCGAGCGUCUUCGCCCUCUCGAUGGAGCUGGGUCUUCGAUACGUCGGGAUGUGGCCGGAUGCUCCCUGCGCGUUGUUCUGUCGGUGUGUUUGGAUACUGACCACCACCAUAGUGCAGACCUGCCAAUACUGGUACCUCAUCCUUCACUUCAGAACCGAGGAUCUAUUGAACCUGACGGACAGUUUGAGCGUCGCAUUGGAAUAUACCGUGAUGUUCUCGAAACUCAUUAUUUUAUGGUUGAAUAGUCGUAUAUUUAACGAUGUCCUAGCUUCGAUGGCCAUAGAUUGGAGGGAGGCCGCGUUGAACGACGUGCAGAUUAUGACGGGCAAGGCCAGCCUGUCGCGGUAUUUCUCCAACUUGAUCAUAGGGCUGCACUCUGCUGCGGCCUUCUCUUACGGCCUAGGAGUCCUGGUGCAGAGCAGCCGAAGCGACGAGACCAACGCGAACGGCGUGCCGAUUCGCGAGUUUACGCUCAAGCUGCAGCUGCCGUUCGAGUGCAACCAGUCGCCGCGCUACGAAGUCGUGCAGUGCCUGGAGUUUCUGCACCAGCUGUCGGCUUCCGCCGUGACUGGCAUGCUGAACUCACUGGUCGUCACGUUUGUUCUCCACACCUGCGGCCAGAUAGACAUCCUGUGUGACGCGUUGAAGAACCUCUCCCCCGGCAAAUACACCCAUCGCCUGACGUCCUCCGUCGCGGGCGAGCUGGUCGUCAGGCACCAGAAGAUCAUCGAUUUCUCCGACAAGAUCGAGAGAAUCUUCUGCUACAUCGCGCUCAUGCAGUUCAUGUCGAGCACGUUGGUCAUCUGCUGCUUGGGCUACAUGGUGGUGACGUCGAUCAGCAACGUGCAAGACUCCGAGUCGGUCGACAGUCCGGCGCUGAUGAAAGCUAUAAUAUUUUGCAUGGCCGCCACGGUCGAGGCGUUCAUCUUCUGCUUUUGCGGAGAAUACCUCAGUGCCAAGAGCAAAAUAAUCGGCGACGCGGCGUACAAGUCACUCUGGUACGAUUUGAAGCCCGAGCAGAACAGAUUCAUUCUGCUCAUAAUGUUGAGAUCACAGAAGAGGCUCACCAUCACCGUCGGCAAGAUGUCGGAUCUGUCGUUGGAGGGAUUCACGACCAUAAUAAAGGCCUCCGUUUCGUACAUAUCGGUACUGCAUGCGAUGUCUUGAAGCUCGGCAGAUGAGUCGCCGGGUCUAAAUGCCGGUUACGACGAUUACCACACCGAUCAUAGUCGACUAUAGAUGAUGAUGAUGAUGAUGUGUGCGUGCGUGUGUGUAUCAUUAGUUUACCUUCCACAAUUUGUAAUAAACUACUUAGGCUCCCACGCGA